AACCUGCCGCGCCGGGAGGGGCAGAGCCGACCCGGGGUACCGCCCGCCGCCCACGGACGCGCCGCCGCCGGGCCCAGGGGCGGCCGCCCGGGAGACCAGCCUGCGGUGGCCGCCGAGCUCCGCCGCGCCGCCGCCGCACCUCCGCCGCCCGUCCCGAGGGACGAUGCCGCCCCGGGCCUGGCGCGGCGCGGGGGCUCGCCCGUUCCUGCUGGCGCUGCUGCUGGCGCAUCUGCCCCAGGGUGGCGGCCACCGGGCCGCGGGGCCCCGGUUUUUAAUAAGCGACCGUGACAGAGACCCUCAGUGUAACCUGCAUUGCUCCAGGUCCCAGUCCAAACCACUCUGUGCCUCUGAUGGCAGAACGUAUGAGUCCAUGUGUGACUACCAGCGAGCCAAGUGCCGGGAGUCAAGCCUGAGUGUGACACAUCGUGGCCGGUGCAAAGAUGCUGGCCAAAGCAAGUGUCGAUUAGAGAGAGCUCAAGCACUGGAACAGGCAAAGAAGCCCCAGGAAGCAGUCUUCAUCCCAGAAUGCAAUGAGGAUGGGUCAUUCACGCAGGUACAGUGCCAUACCUACACUGGAUACUGCUGGUGUGUGACACCUGAUGGCAAGCCUAUUAGCGGCUCUUCUGUACAGAACAAAACUCCUGUAUGUUCAGGUUCUGUAACUGAUAAACCGUCAAGCCAGGGUAACUCAGGGAGGAAAGUUUCUUUUCGAUUCUUUUUAACUCUCAAUUCAGAUGAUGGGUCGAAGCCGACGCCGACCAUGGAAACCCAGCCUAUUUUUGACGGAGAAGAAAUCACAGCACCCACCCUGUGGAUUAAGCACUUAGUCAUCAAAGAUUCCAAACUGAACAGCUCCAGUAUAAGGAAUUCAGAGAAAGUUCACUCCUGCGACCAGGAAAGACAGAGCGCGCUGGAGGAGGCCAGGCAGAACCCCCGCGAGGGUAUUGUCAUCCCCGAGUGCGCUCCGGGAGGGCUCUACAAACCAGUGCAAUGCCACCAGUCCACCGGAUACUGCUGGUGCGUCCUGGUGGACACCGGCCGCCCUCUGCCCGGUACUUCCACUCGCUAUGAGACUCCAGUGUGUGAAAGUGAUGCCAGGUCGAAGAGUACAGAGAUUGAUGAUCCAUUCAAGGACAGAGAACUUCCAGGCUGCCCAGAUGGGAAGAAAGUUGAAUUUAUCACCAGCUUACUCGAUGCUCUCACUACGGACAUGGUACAGGCUAUUAACUCAGCAGCACCUACUGGGGGUGGGAGGUUCUCUGAGCCAGACCCCAGCCACACGCUGGAGGAGCGAGUGGUACACUGGUACUUCAGCCAGUUGGACAACAACAGCAGCAAUGACAUCAAUAAGCGAGAGCUGAAGCCUUUCAAGCGCUAUGUGAAGAAGAAAGCCAAGCCCAAGAAAUGUGCCCGACGUUUCACUGACUACUGUGACCUCAACAAGGACAAGUCUAUCUCCCUUCAGGAGCUGAAAGGGUGCUUGGGAGUCAGCAAGGAAGGAGGUAGCCUGAGCAGUUUCCCCAGUGGAAAAAGACAAGGCCUUAACCCUUUCAUAGGCCGCUUGGUGUAGCAGCAGCAGAAGACAGAAGGGAAGGCAGGAGCCGACCCAAAGGAAGGAAAGAUACAGCGACAGAUGGACACCUUGCUUCUUAUGAGCAAGCAUGCAGCAUCAGCAACAUCCAAUGUAGCAGAGGUGGCACCCAGAACGUUUGCACUUUCUAAUAAUUGGUUUGGGUUUGUUUUUAAUUUCUUUUCAAUGCCAUUAUCUAAUACUUUGGAGAGCGGGGGGAAACAGGAUCAUGACUUUUUAAAAUUGGAACAGCUACUGAUGACUUAAAAUUGAGUUCACUGGGACUCGAAGAAAGAGAAUUUUAUAUACUGUAUAUAAAUAUGUAUGUAAAUUGUACAGUUGUCUUGUACAGGGGUUGGAGUCACUGUUCUGUUCCUCCCUUUGCUUUUGAAGGCUGUUAGGCUUAGAGGGACACUUUGCCUUUAAUGGAUUACAGUAAUGCUUUCAUUUCUGCCAUCUGAUCCAUCAUUCAGUUGCAAACCGAUCUCUUACCGUCCCCACGCAUGAAGGAGUAAGCAUAUCAGCAUGACCUGUGCACACAGUGCCCCACAUACUAAAUGCUUCUUGAGAACCCCCUCUUUGAUUACUGUGCAGCUCUGUGCAAGUCACAGGCGUCAGGACUUCUGAGAGAGCAUGGAGUUGUGCACUGCAAAGCUCCUCAGAGUAGGGAUUGGAAAGGGUUGUAUUAAGGAAAUGUAGAAAUAGUUUCUGCACUCAUUGCAGAAUGGUUAGAAAUGAAUUGCAAAUGCAUUGCUAUUCAGGCUCAGAAGACAUACUUAGCAAAGAUGUGCCAUGUCCUGGGAAUCUAAUGCUAUUGGAAGGGCAUGGAAACCAUAGACCCUGGUAGAAUCAGCAGAGUGAUGUCAUGCAUCUUCUUCUCUGACACAGUGUUCAUCUAUAUAAGCAAUAGAAAUACUGAGGAAUCAGCAAAAGGCAGCAUCAGACUGCCUGUUACUUUGCUGAAGAGCAAAGAGCGAAUAUGUCAGUGCAGAAAGACACGAUCAUGCUGCUGGUUCCCAAGAGUCUGCUUUUACUUGUGCUUCAACUCUGCAGCUUGGGCCAUGCUUCUGGUAAAGGAUUGCCUGCGAUGACUGAUCUUAUCUUUGGUGGCUCCUCUCCUGCACAGGGGACAGCCUGUCUAGCUUUGAUUACCUACUUCUGAUUCUCUGGUAUCAGUAUCUCUUGUGCUUUUGUACUUUAGUGGCACAUUUCAGUAACAGCAAAGGCUUGGAUUGAAGGGCUUGGUGCUCCUGGAGGCCAAGAGCUGUUUCAGCCACCUGCAGUUUUCCCAAACUUGUUGCUUACUUAACUUCAGUCAGAUGCAGCUGUAAAGUCAGCAGAUCUGCUAUCCUGGGCUUGGACAGAGUGCGAUGGGACACGCUGUGCUUUGCUUUGUGCAUUUUCAGUCUCCAGCAGCACUUGCCCAUUCCUAGAGGAAUUCUGAGCAACUUCCCAUUUCAGACUUGGCAAUCCUUGUGCCACUCAUUUCUGGACCCAGAACCAGUAGUAAGAAAUGACACUGUGCCGUGCUGAUAUGAGAUCACACCAACAAUUGCUUGUAGAAGUGUUGUGUUACUGCGGAAGGUGGACUUGUCCCCUGAGACUUUGCUGCUUUGGUGUAAGUGUUGCAACAUGGCCACUGUUUGGCACAUCACCUGAUGACAGACACAUCACAGCAGCACUGUCCUGAUGCAGUAAGUUAGUGCCUUGUUUCCAAAAUGGAAAAGUAGAAAAAAUAACAAGCGUUUUUGAAAUAACCCUAUAAUAGCAAAAACAACUCUUCCCUGAGAAGUAGAUUGGAGCUGAUUGAAGCGUUUUAUAUAGUUGAAAACACCUCUGGUAAUCUCUGAAGUGUACAUUACACCUCUGUAACGUAUAGAAAAGUUCCCUUUAGCAAGAGCAGAUCCUGCAGCUCAAUCCUUUAUGGUUCCUCACAUACAAUGUAUGUGUUUUCCUGGACUGCAAGCUCCCAGCUUCUCAAUUGCAUCUUCUCUUUUUAAAAUGCCCAGCACUCACCUUUUGUGUGUUGGGAUGAUUUGGUUUAGUGUAUAGUUAGAAAUGUUCCUAUCUCUUGUUAUUCCUAUUGUAGGAGCAAAGAAUGAAUCGUAUAAAAAAAAAAAAAAAAAAAACAAAACCCUUUUCCUUGUCUUUAUAUGCUAGUCUUAGAAAGUAAAAGCUCUGGCUGCUGGGUGUUUUCUUGUUUGUUUGUUUCUUUUUUCUUUCUUUCUUUCUUUCUUUUUUUUUUUAAUUGCAUAGUUACAUCCAGCAAACCCAGACAGCUGGAUCUCAACAGGAGCUCUGUCAUCCAGCCACUGGGUCAGGCUGUGCCCCAUAGAAUUGCAGGGGUGUGCAGAGCUGCUAGAAAUGAUUGCAUCUUUUCAUCUGGAAAUGCUGGAAAUGUGAGUAAACCAGCCAGCCAGCGCUGCUGCCUGUCACAUUAAUAUCCUUCUGCAGACCUUUUUCUCAUCCUUGUAUCCUUCUGGUCUAAAAGGCCUGCGCUCACAUGUAGUUUGCAAUUAAAACCGAGUCAGUUGUUCAAGGAAAUCAAACAAGGUUAGCUUUGGUAUUGGUGGAUAUUCGUGUUGCUAUAUUAGUGCUGACUUAAUGGAUGGGUGGGGGUCCAAGCAUUAUAUUGCUUCCCUCUUUAGUUUCAUGGGAGGAGUCCAACUCCCAUCAUCACAACUUUGGAUUUGCACAGGCCUCUGAGCAGCUUAUGGCAGCAUUUGUACAUUGACAUGCAUGACCCAACCACUAUGACUGCAUAAAGUCUGGACACAGGUUAGAUUACUUGUUCAGGAUUUGUGUGUUGGAAGCUCACACAAGGCUGUACUGGUCCUGAUUCAUAUAAUCCAUCCACUGAGUUGUCCAAACAGUCUGUACUGGUCAGAACAGAGCAAUGCUUCAGCUCCUCUCAUCCCUUGUUGGUUCUUCUUGCCAGUCACCCAGCUGCCAGGCCAAAUGUCCUUAUCUGGCAGUGGCAAGCAUGUUCUGCUUUGCCUUGCAUCAGUAGCAGCCUACCCAAGCUGGGGCAGAGGGUGUGUCACAGUUGUGCCUGGAAGCAGGCCCUGAGUAUCUCUCCUCAUCCUACAAGUCCUCCUGGGCCUCUCCAGCUCUACUUUAAAUGACAGCUGAAAACACUCGUGACAGAGGAGAACCAGGGCUCUACAGUGCAAAUCAUCUGCUCUUCCUGCCUGAAGCAAAACCAUAUCCUUUUUUGCUAACCCUCCAAGGACAUGAUGUCUUGGAGGGAGUUGCAUUAUGGUGGGAUUCACUCCUAUGAAGGCACUGCUUUCCAUGGCCUAAGUUUGUACUGAACUUAUCCUGCCCCAGCACAUUUCUGCCUAUGGCAUUGUUUGUUAGACUGAAAGGCAUCUGUUUGAUUUUAGUUUUGUAAUAAAAUAGAUAACUUUUGCUCUAA